AUUCGAUUAUGGCUCCGACGAAACUGUUUAUCACCGGAGGCACUGGCUUCAUCGGGGGAAGCGUCCUCGACGCCAUCCAAUCAACUUACCCAGAGCUGGAAAUCACAGCUCUACUCCGCAAACCAAAUGAGUCCUUCACGUCAAGAUACCCCAACAUCAAGAUUAUCAAGGGAACUUUUGAAGACUUUGACAUCAUCCAGGAUGCAUCCGAGCAAGCCGAUGUUGUCCUUCAUGCCGGCAACACCGACCACAUGGCGAGCGUCAAGGCCAUUCUCGCUGGCCUAGCCAAGAAGACAACCCAGAGUCUCUUGCUUCAUCUCACGGGAACAUCUUCCAUCUCUGAUACCAUUCAGGGUAACAAGUCGUUCGCAGGAAAGCUGAACCCACGCGUCUGGAAUGACAUCGAUGACGUUGACGAAAUUUAUAACCUGUCAAUUGACAUUAUCCACCGCGAUGUCGACAGGCUUAUUGCGGAUGCGAACAGUGACUUGGUCAAGACCAUCACAAUCAGCCCACCUGAUAUCUAUGGCCAAAAGACUGGUUCUGGUACUACGUCAAGCUUCCUGGUUCCCGAGUAUGUCAAGGCCAUCAUCCAGGUGAAGAAGGCCUUUUAUCUCGGAGAAGGCCAGAACAUCCGAGGUGUUGUGCAUAUUAGCGACGUUGUGAGCCUAUUCGUGCUCAUCCUUGGCAAAUAUCUCCAAGGCGGUGAGGGUCUAGACUACGGCAAAGAGGGAUUCUACUUUGCGUCAUCAGACGGAGUAAAGUGGAAAGACGCGGCCGAGGCCAUCGCCAAGAUUGGUCACGAGCAAGGUUGGCUCCCCAAAGAGACGCAACCCGUUUCGCUCAGUCUGGAAGAGUUUCAGAGCGGAAUCUGCUCGGGCAAAGAGGUUGGGUUGGGAACCAAAGGGACCCAGUUUCUGGGACUGUCUUGCGGAGGAUUGUAGGGUUGCUGCCGAGGAAUACGCCAAGGCUUCCUCGUGAUGUGGAUGACAGUUGUUCACAUAUAUAGCGGGUGCAUUAACCCGAAACUGAUAUAGCUAUUGGUCAAGACCUCUG